UUCCUCAGCAAAUUAUUUAAUUCAGGUCUGUAUCUGUCUCUGUCCUAAAACUGAAAAGAACUGCAUGUAGCCAGCCUAACAGUCGGAACAAGAGUAUUGGUUGCUCCUGUCUAUUCAUAACCAAUAAGCGCAGUGUUGCUAUGCAUUAUCGCUGUAUUGGUUGGCGGACACGGCUGUCAAUUUGUCUCCAGACGAAGUACAGUGUGAUUCUGUGCAAUUACAUCAAACUCGGUCUGGGCACCGCGCGCCUGAAAGCAUUGCGUCUGCACGACUUUCCAGGCUGGAGAGGAGAUUUACUCGAAAGGAAUGCGAAGAAGGUUUUAGGUUUGGCAUUGAUACGAGGAAAACGAGGAGGUGCGACUUUUUCAGUGGUCAACAUAUAUUUUUCUUCUAUUCAAAGGUGUGUGCCUCCCGCCCCGCCCCCCACCACGGCCCUCACCUGUGUAUUGCGGUGCUUCCCCUGCGAGCCUAGCUGGGCCGGCAGCCCUUUCCUGCACCGCCCCCCCACCCCGCCCCACCCGAUGGUCAGGAUGACACGCUCCAAGACCUUCCAGGCCUACCUGCCCAGCUGCCACCGAACUUACAGCUGCAUCCACUGCAGAGCGCACCUGGCCAACCACGACGAGCUCAUCUCCAAGUCUUUCCAGGGGAGCCAAGGCAGAGCUUAUCUGUUCAACUCAGUGGUGAACGUGGGGUGUGGGCCGGCGGAAGAGAGAGUGUUGCUCACGGGGCUCCAUGCUGUGGCAGAUAUCUACUGUGAGAACUGCAAGACAACUCUGGGUUGGAAAUAUGAGCAUGCCUUUGAGAGCAGUCAGAAGUACAAGGAGGGGAAGUUCAUCAUCGAGCUGGCCCACAUGAUCAAGGACAACGGCUGGGAAUGAAAGACGAAGCGUCAUCCGUGACUCGGUUUGGGGUUGAAUGGGGGUGGAUGGGAGGAAAGGAGCCGAGUGUGUGGGUGAGUGUGCGACUUUGAUUUACCAUGGACCUCUGUCCUCCCCUCCUGAUGACACACCAGCAGCCUCCAGGGUGGAGGUAGUAGGGGAGUGUGUGUGUGAGGCUGUAGUAGCAGCCUGGCCUGCCCCUCUGGGCUCUGUGUGUGUCUGGACUGGAGGAGGAUGUCAUUGGGGAUGGAUGGACACCACCAGACACACACGCAAUGGCAAGCAAACACACACACACACACACGUGCACACACACACGUGCACACACACACACACACACACACACACACACACACACACACACACACACACACACACACACACACACACACACACACACACACACACACACACACACACACACACACACACACACACACACACACGUCCCAGACCAACAUCCAAGCCUGAUGGGUAGCUCUUUAGAUAGAGAGCCAGGCCAAGGCCAGUAAUGUUGUGUUACUAUCUAUGUUAGGGCGGGUUGACCUGCAGUGUGAGGAGAGACCAGGCCGUGGCAGGGUCAGUAGCCUUGGCUAAAACAGCUGAUGGGAGCUCUCGUCUGUAUGUGAAUGAGAUGGCCUAAGAUGAUUAUCCCCAAAUCCAGCUGAUCUGAUCCACCCAAGGCCGUGCCAGCUGGGACAGUGAUGAGGCCUGGUGUUAAGGUUUGGCACUGAGGACUGAUGGGUCUGGGCGGGGGAAGGGUUGAGGGGAGGUGGGUCAGGGAGAGGGCAGGUCCUGAUUCUGGAUUCGAGUCCACCCUUGUUGUGGGGUUGUAGGUACAGCUGGUUGCUCAGCCGUGUGAUCCAGUCCAGGUCUUACCGGCAGCAGUUUUUGUUGUGCGAAUCAGGAUGAUAGGGAGUGUGAAAGGAUUCAAGGAUAUGUCUAAACUCUGAGAAGAAUCUGAUCAGUCAGUGCUUUGGCUCUCUCCAUUAUCCGUAGAUGCCUGAAAUCAUGUCUUGUGAUGUUUGGAUACUUCAUGUGGUGCGUCUGAUGUAAGUUAAGAGACAUCUACCAUCACCACUUUGGAUUCAAUUUGAACUAUAGAGUUAAACAUCUUUGACUUUUGAAACUCUGAUUUGAACAGGCUUGGAGAUUUGGUUCUAGUGUUUUGGCCUGGUAUGGUAACUGAAAGCAGUUGGGAUGUGGAGGCCUUUAGGAGAUGCUCUUAUGAAGUUCUGAAGCUUUCUUUCAGUCUUGGAUGAUCAUAGCAGUUCAUAGAUUGUUACACACACUCUAAUUUACAACCUGGCCCUCACAUAAAACACUGAACAGAAAAACCGUACAGUAGACCUGUGGAUUUUUCUAAACAAGCCAACUAAGCAACACAACUAAUCAAACCAAUCUCCCUGGUAUCCACGGCAACUGACUGGCAGUCCAGAAUUCCAAUCAGAGGCUGUAGAAGUCCCUAGCACAACCAAAGAACACACCCAUCUACAAUAAAUUGACCAAACACAAGAUACAUUUUUUUUGCUUGGGUCAAAGUGUUGCACAACAUGGGGUUGAGAAUUGUUGUUGAAAGCCAAGGUUAUGGAUAGCCUUUCUGUGAUAUAAUGCAUUAUGAUUUUUGUAAAUGACAGAUCUUAAUAUAUACAUAUAUUAUAAUUUAUGUCAAUCUCUGUGUUACUAAAUGUAAAUAGUAAUAUGUGAUGUCUCUUAUCUAUGAUCGUCAUGAUUAUGAAUAUGAUUUGGAUUCUUGCCAUGCUUUCUCUCUGGUAUAUCCCUCGUCGGUUGAACAAUAUUUACUACUUUUUUACUCUUUUGAAAAUGUUUCAAUUUUAGUGUCUUUUGUAAAGGAGGAGAUAGGAGUGACAAUAUCAUUGGAACUUGGUCAAUUAAAGCAUCACCUUGGUACCUGUA